GAAAUCAAGCAUCCCCUGGCCACGUUCUUCCAUCUCUUCUUCCGCACCAGUGCCAUCUUAGUCUACCUACUGUGUGAAAUCCUGAGCAGUAGUUUCAUCGUCUGUAUGGUCACCAUCAUCCUCCUCCUUUCAUGUGACUUCUGGACAGUCAAGAAUGUGUCUGGCAGGUUGAUGGUGGGCCUCAGGUGGUGGAACCAGGUGGAUGAGGAUGGACAGAGCCACUGGGUGUUUGAGUCCAGACCAGCAACCAGUAGAAAAGUUCCAACCAACUCUGAAUCACAGAUCUUCUGGCUGGGUCUGGUUGUGUGUCCAGUCCUCUGGGUCAUCUUUGUGUUCAGUACUCUCUUCUCCUUCAAGUUUAAGUGGCUGGCAGUGGUGAUCAUGGGUGUGGCAUUGCAGUGGGCCAACCUGUAUGGAUAUGUGCGAUGCAAAGUAGGCGGGAAGACCAACUUGAGGAGCAUGGCAACCAACUACCUUGGCAGCCAGUUCUUCAAACAGGCAAUGGCCAAACAGGGACCUUAGAGGUGGAUGUGCAGAGAGAAGAAACAUUAGCAUUUCUGCUAAUGUAAUAUUUUAUGUUAUCAAGAGGAUCUUGCCUUGCUUUAACUGAGGCAUAGGCUACUGUUAUUUUCUUAAUUCCUGUUGAACAGGUGGAAGGCAUCUCUCUAUUCUGAGGGCACGGGGUUGUUUCCCACCGAGUCCUACAAACGAUGUAGUAUAAAACUAAGAGACUACUAGUUUUCUUUGUAUGUUUGUUUCAUUUGUUUUCCUGCUAACUAUUCAAAAUACAACCUUGUUAAUGAUUGAUAACUGCUGAUUGUAAUAUAAGACAUUUGUAAAUAUUAUAUUUACAUAAAAUGUCUGGGUGAAUGAAUAAAAACAAAAGUGUGUGAGUCAA